UAAACCCGCGCUUUCAAAGCGCGGGUCAAAAUCUAGUUAUUCAUUAUAAAUCAUGACUACUUUUGGACCAACUUGGGCAUCGUUGCCAAUUACGACCCAUAAACUAGGCAAAUAUUUUAUCCUAUAUAGCCUAUUUCUUGGCAAUGACCACAUGAAUUAAAGAAAAAAAUUGAACCAAAAUGAGAAAAUUGUGUGAUGUAAUUCUCUUCUCUUGCUUACUUCUCCUAACUUUUGUAGACGUUGAAGCAGAUUGUGAAGGCAGCUUAUUUGCCGUUAACAGCACUUACAGCGAAAACCUUAACUCUCUUUUCUCUUCUCUUGCAAGUAACGUCACCGCUAAUGACGGCUUCUACAACACUUCAACCGGAGAAGGCUCCAACAAAGUUUACGGUCUUGCCCUUUGUGGACGAGGCUACAAGAAGCAAGCUUGUGUGAGCUGCGUGGAGCAAGCGAUUCAAGAAUCGCAACAAAGAUGCCCAAAUCGAAUGAAAUCUUUCAGGUGGACCACUAGAGACAAUGACAAUGUUUCUUGCCUUGUACGGUACGCUAAUCAUUCUGUUUCUGCGAAACUCGAGCUUUUCCCACCUACUUUGUCAGAUAAUCCUUUAAACAUAGAGGAACCUAAGAGCCUUAAGCUUUUUCGACGAGAAUGGGAAGCACUGACUAACCUAACAAUGCAGUCUGCUACUUCAGCUCCUGAAAAUUCAUCAGUUGUGCUCAAGUUCUAUAGCGUCGUAAGAGCAGAGUUCACAGAAUUUGCAAAUGUUUACAUGAUGAUGCAAUGCACUCCUGACAUUUUAUCUAGUGAGUGCAACAAAUGUCUUAGCCAGUGUGUGUUGAACUUUCAAAACAAUAAUUGGGGAAGCCAGGGCGGUGCAGGUCGGCUUCCGAGCUGUUACUUCCGAUGGGAUCUUUAUUUUAUUCCUGGAUCUUCUGAGAAUAUGACAAGAGUUUCUAUGGUUAGUCGUGCUACUACUCUUCCUCAAGGAGACACGGUCUCACAACCUGAGAAUGACAAGAAAGGAAAAAGGAUUGGCAAUGGAACUAUAGCGAUAAUUGUUGUUCCUACGGUUAUUAACGUCUUCGUAUUUGUUGGUCUUUUCAUCAUCUUUGAUCAGAGGAGAAAGGCCUAUAAUAAAAACAUCAACGAAUGCUUUGAUUCUGAUGGACAAUCUAUGUCGCGGUUUGAUCUUGGCAUGAUACUCUCUGCAACCAAUGAAUUUUCACCUGAAAAUAAACUUGGUCAAGGUGGAUUUGGAACUGUCUACAAGGGGAUUUUACCGAACGGACAGGAGAUAGCGGUGAAGAGAUUAGUAAGUGGUUCAGGACAAGGAGAUACAGAGUUUAAGAAUGAGGUCUCGCUCUUGACAAGACUCCAACAUAAGAACUUGGUUAAGCUUCUUGGGUUCUGUCAUGAAGGAGAUGAAGAGAUUCUUGUCUAUGAGCUCGUGCCGAAUUCUAGUCUUGAUCAUUUUAUCUUUGAUAAGGCGAAGCGUUCACUUCUUACAUGGGAGGUGAGGUUCAAGAUUAUAGAAGGCGUUGCUCGAGGUCUACUUUAUCUCCAUGAAGAUUCGCAGUUGAAGAUUAUUCAUAGAGACUUGAAGGCAAGCAACAUCCUUUUAGAUGCAGAGAUGAACCCUAAAGUUGCAGACUUUGGGACUGCGAGGUUGUUCGAAGCUGAUGAGACUCGAGCUGAAACAAGACGAAUAGCUGGAACCCGUGGAUAUAUGGCUCCGGAAUACCUGAAUCAUGGGCAAAUCUCCACUAAAUCCGACGUUUUUAGCUUCGGUGUUAUGCUUCUAGAGAUGAUUAGUGGUGAAAGAAACAAUAGUUUCGAAGGAGAAGGACUUGCAGCUUUUACAUGGAAGAGGUGGGUUGAAGGAAAGCCUGAGACCGUUAUUGAUCCUUUACUGAUGAAAAAUCCGAGAAACGAGAUCAUCAAGUUGAUCCAGAUUGGUUUAUUGUGCGUUCAGGAGAAUGCGGCAAAGAGACCAACUAUGAGUUCUGUAAUAGUUUGGCUUGGCAGUGAGACUAUCAUCAUUCCUUUACCUAGGGCUCCUGCUUUCACUAGGGACCGAUCCCAAUCUGAAAAUAGUAAUAUGUCAACGAAUAAUGACAUCUUCACGGACUUGAGUUGCCGUUGAGUUAUAAAUAAGUUGAUCAUUAGGUGUCUGCAAGUGUGUUACCACAAAAGACCCAAUAACCCCAUUUUUGUAAGUAGCGAUAUACAAAAUGAUUUAUCUCUUAUUACCUAGCUGGUGCAAACUUGCAGUUGUACUUAAGUUUAGUUCACUAAACUUCUCCAUCAGAUUUACAUGCGGAGCAAGCAAAGCGUUGAACUUAGAAAUUUCGUUUGUAAUAUUCUUUGAAGAAUUCUGAAAUCAAAUUUGCUUUUUUUUUUUUACUUACUUGCACUAAUGAUAGAAUGAUUAAUCUGAUAAUUUCCAAAUAGUUACGUCAUGGUCUGUUCCAAACUCAUAUAUUUCUAAAUGGGUUUACAGGGAAGAUAUUGAAUCGACAAAAAAUAGUGGUACAGAGAUUAACAAGAAGUUCAGGGCAAGAUAAUAUGGAUUUCAGGAAUGACAAACUCUUAGCAUAGAAAUAGAAUUGUGGUUAAUAAUUUUUUUUUUUUUUGCAAUGAAAGAGGUGAAGAAAUUUUUUUAAGAAAGGUGAGUUCCCAUUUGUUUAAAUUUUUUCUACAUUAUUCCCUUUAUCAUUUUUUUCAUUCAAUUCUUGAAAUGAAUUUUUUUUCAAAAUUUUCCAUUCAUUUCGUUAAUCAAUCGAUCACCAAUUGAAUUUUUAAUGUACAAUGCUCAUAUAAAAAUUGAUGAUUAGUGCGGAUCUUCAGUUUAAGUUAUCGAGUAAUAACUUAGUUCUACGAGGAAUGCAAACAUGAAAGAUGAGAAACUAUAGAAAAAUUAACUAGUUGCUUACUGAUAAUUUUUGGGGGAGGUUUGGUAUGUAUACAUAUUGGUUUUGGAUCUGAUUUCUCUUGGAAACUAAAUUGUCAUUAUUUUAUUAGUUUGAUUUAGAUUUCGAUUAA